AUGGGGGUAUCGACAGUAAGGGAGAUAGUUUACGAUACUUGCAAUGCCUUAUGGACAGAACUGCAUGACGUCUACGUCGCUCAGCCCCAUGAGCAUGAAUGGAAACAAAUAUCAGACAGGUUUUACUUUAAAACGGGAAUGCCGAAUUGUUAUGGAGCGGUCGAUGGCAAACAUAUAAAAAUAGUUUGCCCGGCACGCAGCGGAUCGUUGUUUUACAAUUAUAAAAAUACGUAUAGUAUCGUGCUAAUGGCAGCCUGCGAUUCCAACUACACGUUUACUUUUGUGGACGUGGGUGCGAUGGGAAGCGAGAGUGAUGGUGGAAUUUUUUCACGUAGUUCAUUUGGCAAAAUGAUUUUAAGAGGACUCUUAAAUAUUCCGCCAGAUAAUGCAAUUCCUGGAACAGAGACAACAUUCCAAUAUUAUUUUGUGGGAGAUAAUGCAUUCCCACUGAAACACAACUUGAUGCGUCCAUAUCCUGGCCGGAACUUAUCAGCUAUAAAGGACAACUUCAACAAAAAAUUAUCUCCUGCUCGUGUGUAUAUUGAAAAUUCAUUUGGAAUUUUGGCUAGCAGGUGGAGAAUUCUACACACGAAUAUUUACGCAUCACCAAACAAUGUGGAUAAAAUUGUGUUAGCGACAAUUGUGCUGCAUAACUAUCUAAUGCUCGAUAAGAAGAGUGGAUAUUUCAAUGAAGAACUCGUGGACCACCUCGAAAAUGGUGUUGAGGUGCCAGGNAUGAAGAACUCGUGGACCACCUCGAAAAUGGUAUUGAGGUGCCAGGGACUUGGAGGGAAUCCCAAGCUGGGCAGCCUUCUUGCAGAAUCGCCCAAGCGAAGCGGUCGUGUGCAGAUGCAUUUAGAGUAG